GGGAACGCCAGCAGUUUCGUUGAUAGGACCACUGCACGCGGCUGAUCGCAUCUGCUCUCGAAUGUGACCAUCGGACGGAGUGCGUCCUGUGUUUUUUCCUCUUGCCGGUACGCAACAACUUGUAUUGCCCAUGAGGGCACGACGAACACAGACACCAACAUCAUUCCGUGUGUGCUUAUGUGGUGCAGGAUAUAGAGCUGCCGGGAUCUGAUGGCGAGUAGCGGAGCAGGGGCACCGACGGUGAGUGAGCACCCACACAGCACGACACACGCAUCCAUUGGGUACGUCACCUGGGCGGCGUGUGUGUGUGUGUCAGUCGGACCCCAGUAGGUGUUGGUUGGUGGGCUUGCCCGAGGAUGUGGAGAGGCAACUGCUGGCCUCCCUCACGGCCGACGACUGCGGCCCCCUUCGAGCCUCAUCCAAGAUCGUCGGCUGCCAGCUGAUCAGCGAGGCCUACCUUACGGACCGCCUCGACGCUGCUAUUCGCGACAAGGGCCUCAGUGGAGUGCUGACGUACCAGAAGCGCUGCGAGACGGUCCUGCUGCUUCUGCUGCAGUGGAUCGCGGCCAUUUUCGGCGCGGCUUCCACUUUCGUUCAAGGCCUCGUGGGUCUGAGCGCUCUCAUCGUCGUUUAUGUGGUCAUCCUCGCCUGUACCAUCGUCGUGAUCUGGAAGCCCUCUUGACUUUCUGACGCGGCCGCUGCGUGUAUUACCGUGGAUUCAGUUGAGCAUCAAGCUGCUUACUGUCUUCGUGAUCCCGUUUGCCGAGAUUAUGGUGGUCGUCCGAUUGCUUGGGGAGGCGUCCCUCAUUGUGCGAGCGUAUAGGCAAUGUUGGGUGGCGGUGCUCGAGGCAAACGACAUUUUUGAGUCCGUCGAGCGCCGUGUCAGGAGUGGCCUACGUGUGGCGCUGGCGAUCGGCAAGGUAUACCUCAACUGUGCUGUGGCGCUUCUCGG